AUGCAUUGGCGGCGGCAACUCCAGGCACUUUGCAUCCUAUGGAGGUCUCAGAUGUCCAAUCACACCAUCCGCAUUCAUACCAGGCAACUGGCAUCCCUGCAGUGGGGACACCAGGAAGUUCCUGCCAAAUUUAACUUUGCUACUGAUGUGAUAGAUCACUGGGCUGGCAUGGAGAAGGCUGGCAAGCGACCUCCUGGCCCAGCCCUGUGGUGGGUGAGUGGCACUGGGGAUGAGGUAAAGUGGAACUUCAGCCAACUGAGUGAACUCAGUCAACGAACAGCCAACGUCUUCUCAGGGCCGUGUGGGCUGCAGCGGGGGGACCGUGUGACAGUGGUACUUCCCCGGGUGCCUGAGUGGUGGCUGGUGAUCCUUGGCUGCAUGCGGGCAGGCCUCGUCUUCAUGCCCGGGACCAUCCAGAUGAAAGCCAAAGACAUUCUCUACAGGCUGCAGGUGUCUAAGGCCAGGGCUAUUGUGGCUGGGGAUGAGGUGGCCGAGAUAGUGGACACUGUGGCACCUGAGUGCCCUUCUCUGAAAACGAAGCUACUGGUGUCUGAGAAAAGCCGGGAUGGGUGGCUGGACUUCAAGACACUACUGUGGAAAGCAUCUACUACCCAUUGCUCUGUGGAGACUGGGAGCCAAGAAGCAGCUGCCAUCUACUUCACCAGUGGAACUAGUGGCCUUCCUAAGAUGGCGGAACACUCCCACUCAAGCCUGGGAAUAAAGGCCAAGAUGGAUGCUGGAAAAUGGAUAGACCUGCAAGCCUCUGACAUAAUAUGGCCUAUAUCAGACACAGCUUGGAUAGUGAACAUUUUGGGCUCACUUCUGGAACCCUGGACAUCAGGAGCGUGCACAUUUAUCCAUCUCUUGCCAAAGUUUGAUCCAGUGAUCAUUCUAAAGGUUCUGUCCAGCUAUCCAAUUAACUACAUGGUAGGCGCACCCAUUGUUUACCGGAUGUUGCUACUACAGGACUUUUCCAGUUACAAGUUCCCACAUCUAAAGUGUUGCUUCAGUGGUGGGGAGUCCCUCCUUCCAGACACUCUGGAAAAAUGGAAGGCUCAAACAGGACUGGACAUCCUGGAAUUCUAUGGCCAGACAGAAACGGUAAUAGAUGAGAAGGGCAAUGUCCUGCCACCUGGCACAGAAGGAGACGUGGGCAUCAGAGUCAAACCCAUCAGACCUAUAGGCAUCUUUUCUGGCUAUGUGGACAAUCUUGAGAAGACAGAAGCCAACAUCAGAGGGGAUUUUUGGGUCCUGGGAGACCGGGCAAUCAAGGAUCAAGAUGGAUAUUUCCAAUUCAUGGGAAGAACAGAUGAUAUCAUUAACUCCAGUGGGUACCGGAUUGGGCCCUCAGAAGUGGAGAACGCACUGAUGGAGCACCCUGCUGUGGUUGAGACAGCUGUAGUAAGCAGCCCGGAUCCCAUUCGAGGAGAGGUAGUGAAGGCAUUUGUGGUCUUGGCCCCACACUUUCUGUCCCAUGACCCAGAUGAGCUUACCAAGGAGCUGCAGCAGCAUGUGAAGUCAGUGACAGCCCCAUACAAGUACCCAAGGAAGAUAGAGUUCGUCUUAGAUCUGCCCAAGACUGACACAGGGAAAAUUCAGCGGGCAAAGCUUCGAGACAAGGAGUGGAAAAAGUCUGAGCAGGCCGGAGUCUAG